GUUUGAGGCCGCACUCUUAUCAAGAGUGUUGGUCCCGAUCGGUCGGCCUUGCCUCUCAUUGUAAUAAACUUUGUUGUGACUGUCACUGGUGCCCGUAGCAUUCUGUUUCAGGAGUCGUGUGGGUGCAACAUUUGGUGCAUUGGCCGGGAAAGUUAAAGGUCUGAAACAGGGCCCUUUCCUUGGAUUGUUCCGUGGGAAAGUUAAAGGUCUGAAACAGGGCCCUUUCUGCGGAUUGCUCUGCCGACCCCUGGGAAGAAGCUCGGGAUUGGGAGAGGUAAGGAAUUCUUGGGGCGCGCCAUUUGGAUGACUCAGGAGGGUCUGCUGGAUGCGGCUAUAGACCCAGAGUCAGGGAUCCUACCGGGACGCUGGUGGACCCCAUUUGGUUUGGUUUUUGUCAAGAAGGAUCCUAUUUUCAGGUGGCUGCCACGGCCUACUGGCCUAGAGAUCUCAAACUUGUGUUUUCUUCGUGUCUUAAUUGUCUUCUUCCUGUUGACUGUCUGUGCGUCCUUGUCAGUUCUGCCUAUCUUUGUCAUGGGUCAAAAUCAGAGUACCCCCACCCCUCUGAGUCUCAUACUAACCCAUUUCCAGGACUAUAGGAGAGCUGCCUCAGUUUUCGGCCUCCACGUUAAGAAGUCAGUCCUUUGAACUCUCUGCGAGGUGGAAUGGACCAGCUUUCAGGUGGAAUGGCCUCCACAGGGGACCUUUGACCUUACAUUGAUAUAUAAGGUUCAUGAUAUUGUCUUUUCUAGGCACGAAGACCAAAUCCCAUAUAUUGGAGCAUGGAGGACCCUCAUCGAAAACCCUCCAGAUUGGUUAAAACUUCUCCUUCCCCUUUCCCCUUGCCUCCCUAAAGUACAGGCUUUACCACUCAAAGGCAGCCCAUCUGGAGUUCAAAAUAAGAAUCUUGACGGGACUAAGCGGCUGCCCCCUCUAUCACCUGCACCAGAGGAAGAAGAAGAAACUUACCGCCCGCUGCCCUAUGGUUCUCGCUCAAAAAAUACAAGUCAGGAUGCUUCAGCCCGAGUCAGGACACUCCUCUGAGCCCAUCUCAUACCCAGUCAGGGACUCCCUUUCAUCCCCCUCCCACUGCCCUACCCCUUCGUCCAGGGCCACCCCUGCAGGGUGAAGUCCUACCCUUUAUGACUUAUGUACCCUUCUCCACUAGCAACCUUUAUAAUUGGAAGCUUCAAAACCCCUCAUUCUCAGAGAAACCCCAAGCAUUAAUUUCUCUUUUUGAAACCAUAUUGGUGACCCAUCAGCCAACCUGGGAUGACUGCCAGCAGCUCUUGCAGGUUCUCUUCACCACUGAGGAGCGAGAUAAGAUCCGUCGUGAGGCCCAGAAAUUAGUGAUGGGGCCAAACGGGCAACCCACCAUGGAUCCUGCUGUGCUGGAGGAAGUUUUUCCUUCCUCACAUCCUGAGAAUUGGGACCCAAACACUCCUCACGGAGACUUAGUCUGGGUCAAAAGGCACGAGCCUAAAACCCUGGAGCCGCGCUGGAAAGGACCACACACCGUGAUUCUGACUAUGCCCACGGCCGUGAAGGUAGAUGGUGUCCGAACCUGGAUUCAUCACUCUCAGGUUAAGAAAAACUGCGUGAAGGCGGGAACAACCCAGACUUAUACAGAACCAGAUAACAAACAGCAAUGGAAGGUUCAAAGGCAUCCAGAAGAUCCUUUAAAGCUAAGACUGAUGCGGGAAUAAUAAUAAUUUUCUGGGUUUGUAUGGUGAUAAGUGUGGGGGACUGUAUGGAAUUGCAUCUCCUAUCUUUUUGGCCAUAACAAUGGGAACUCAGGGACACUGUCACGGGAAAGGUGAUAGCAUCUAAUACCUCUUCCACUGUGCCUUGUUUUUUGUUUGAUUUAUGCGACUUGGUGGGGGACUCAUGGGGGACUUUAGUUACUAAUUAUAAACAGUCAACGGGCUUCGCUCCUCUGGUCCCCGAAAACCCCUAUAUGGUUACCUAUGGAUGUGGACACAGGGAUCAAGAACAAAAAUUGGCUAACAUACCAGGGUUAUACAGUUGCCCUGCAGAUAGAAAGGUCGAAUGUGAAGGAAGAGGCCAAUACCAUUGUGCAAAAUGGGGUUGUGAAACGCUGGCCCCCUGGCUGGCAGGACAGGGCCAUGAUCCCUUAAUCACCCUCCUUAGAACUCCAGACCCCAAAUGUAAGACUCAAGGAAAAUGUAACCCAACAAAAAUAUGUUUAAAAAAGGUUUCUAGUUCCAGUACCUUUUCCUCUUCCUGGGACACUGGACACACUUGGGGUCUCAGGAUGUAUGCUCCAGGAGUUGACAAGGGCAUUUCCUUUACUAUACAACGGGUUAAAAGAAAAACUCCACCCAAUCCGGUAGGGCCAAACAAGGAUAUAAUUUUACACCCCCCACUCUUUCCGACUGUCCCUUCCCAACCUACCUCACAAUUGGGUGCCCCCACAAAGUUGGAAUUACCAACUACAGGUCAUAUCCAGAACCCGUUCUCCCCUGAGACGCAUUGGCUAGAUGCAGUAGAUUCUAUGUAUGCUUGGCUAAAUUCAUCUCACACUGAGAUUGUACAAGAUUGUUGGCUGUGUUUAAACCCUAAACCCCCAUAUUAUGUGGGAGUGGCUACAAAUGCUAGCAUUGGACAAGACAUAGAAAAGCAUGUCGUGAAAUUGCUAAAUCCAAGCACGACAUUGUGCCCUUGGGGUUCACGACCAAUUUUAACCCUAGGAGACCUCCAAGGGCAGGGUUGGUGUAUAGUGUCCCAAGAAUAUAAUUGGCAGAACUCCCCUUACAAAAACUCUUGUGCAGAAGUGUAUAUUCCAAGUAGUUCAGAUACUGAUAGCGCCCAAAGUAUAGCAUACCGAGCCCUUACUGGAGCCUGGUUUGCUUGCUCAUCAGGAAUUACCCCCUGCAUUGCAGCCGCAUACUUUGGGGUCGGCACCCAAGAGAUUUGUAUCCUAGUUCAUAUUCUCCCACAAAUAUACCUAUAUAGCGGAGAAGCGGGGAGAGAACAUCUACGUCUAUUUGAAGGACAUUCCAGGGUAAAAAGGGCAGCACCAGUCCUCAUUCCACUCCUAGUGGGACUGGGAAUUGCGGGAUCCACAGCUAUUGGAACUGCUGGACUCAUUGUGGGGGACCAAAAUUUCAAAACUGUAAGCAAGCAAGUGGACCGAGACAUAGGCUACUUGGAAACUUCAAUUUCUCGGCUAGAACACCAAGUAGACUCUUUAGCCGAGGUUGUAUUACAAAACAGAAGAGGGCUUGAUUUACUCUUCAUGAAGGAAGGGGGCCUCUGCGUGGCCCUCGGAGAAACGUGCUGUUUUUAUGCGAACAAUUCCGGAGUAAUCUGAGACACUCUCAGUUUGGUCAGGGAUAAUCUUAGGGCCAGGGAACGUGCCAGGGAAGCCAGCAAUAAUUGGUAUCAGAGUUUAUUCUCUUGGUCCCCCUGGCUCACAUCACUGCUUACAGCCGUAGCUGCGCCACUGCUAUUGUUACUUCUCGGGUUAACUAUUGGCCCGUGCAUUAUCAAUUGGUUAGUACAAUAUGUCAAGAAGCGAGUUAGUGAAAUAAAAAUUAUGAUGAUCAGGUCCAAUUAUAUCCCCUUAGUUCCUAAUGAUGAAUCAAGGGAUUGAUUCACUGACAAGAAAAGGGGGAAAUGUAAGGGUUAAAUUGUAGUGUAGGGCUAAUGCUUAGCUUGAAAAAUAACAGCUUUGUGUUGACAUUGAAGGUUAAGAGAUAACAGCCUUGCUUUACUCUUAUAAAUUAUGCCUCAUACUCUUGUAAAUUAGACUUCACCAAUUAAGGAAACAAAGGUUCAAAGAAAAGAGCAUCAGAGGCAGGGUCAAGGAGAUCCACUGGUUGCAACUUAGAGGCAGAAAGUCUAAAGUAAACACCUCAUUAGGCAACUGUUUCUAAC